GAGGAGGAGGAGGAGGAGGAGGAGGAGGAGGAGGAGGAGGACGAACGGCUGCAUCAUCUGCUGCCCCGGCCGCGUGGCCGACGCUCUGGCGGCAGAGACCCCUGCACAGUCGCGCCCCGGCCUGCCGAUUUCCACUGCAGACCGGAGUUGAGCUGCCCAGACAGCCAAGGCAAUGCACUCGCAACGCCAUGCAGGAAUGGGGUGGAGGAGGAGGAGGGAGGAGGAGGGAGGAGGGAGGAGGAGGAGGCGCCCGUGAGGCGCUUCGCUCGAAGGAGCAAAACCCAGCAGGCAGAAAACUGGAAAGGUCGUCAUGGCCGCUGGCUCGGGCGACGGCGACAGCGACACUGGCGGUGA